ACAAAAAUUCGGUGAAAUUCGUAAAACAGGUAGACUCUACUGACGAAGUACCAUUUGACAAAUUCAACAGAAUAAGCAUAAACAACUCUAGUGACGAAUCAGAUAUUAAUUGCAUGAAAAUUGGAAGUAACAGCAACGUGAGCGAACCAUGUUUAGUAGAGGUCAUAAUUCAAGGUCGUAGGUUGAUGAUGGAAAUUGACACAGGGUCAGCAGUUGCUGUGAUCAGUAAGACGUUGUAUAGAAAACUUUUUGAUUCUAUUGUUUUGACAAAAUGUAACAAGAAAUUGGUGGUAGUUAACGGUUCUAAGCUUGCCGUUGCUGGACAGCUUCUGGUAAAGGUCAGUCUUAACGGACGUAGUAGUUUGGAAAAACUUGUAAUUUUGAAUACCGAAUCUGAUUUUACCUCUCUUUUGGGAAGAGACUGGAUGGAGAGCUUCUAUCCAGAAUGGAAGUUACACUUCCUGAACCCUGGAGUUAUUAACCAUCUGGGCUUUGACACAUUUCGUGAAAAUGCAAUAGGUAACAUAAAACAAAAAUAUUUUAAAGUAUUUAGUAAGGAUUUUUGCGAACCUAUUUCAGGGUUCAAGGCUGAUCUUACUUUCAAGUCAGAGCAACCAAUUUUUAAACGUGCAUACCAGGUACCAUACAAGCUAAAGGAGAAGUUUUUGAAUCAUCUGGACAUGCUUGAACAACAAGGAGUUAUAACAGCUAUCAAGGCUAGUGAAUGGGCUUCGCCUGUUAUCGCAAUUUUGAAAAAAGACGGAGAUAUACGCAUGAUAUCAUUGAGUGGUCACAAGCUAACUGCUCAUAGGAACCAGCUGAAGAUGGCCCACACGCCUCGCCGACAAUCGAAAGUAUUCGUAUCCAUGGGCAUGCCGGCAUCCAAGAAGAGACACAGAAGUGUUUCUGACGAGGAAGACCUCUUAGGUUUCCCGGAUGUUCCUAUGGUGCCAGAAGAUGUUCAAACAUUGUUCAUCUAG